AUGAGCUACUCCUUCCGGGUCCUGGGCCGCCGCCCGAUGACGGUAUCACAAUGCGCCCACGUCGCGAACCCUCGACCACGCACAUUACGUUCCCUUCAAUGCGACUCCAGUACCCAAAACAUUUCAGCAUACACCGAGUUGCGCGCCACUCGAUCUUUCAGUUCAACUCCAGCUGCCACGGCAAGCAAGCGAAAAGAUAACUAUAACGACGCUCUCGUCCAAUACACGACACAAAAGGGCAAGAUCUGGCUACCCGGUUGCGAAAAAUGGAUUAAGCCUUGGAAGCCCGUCGACAUUGAGACAUUCGCGUCGGGUUGGACCCGAGGAGAUCCCCUUCCCGUCGUGUUUCAGCGCAUGAAAAAACGCGAUAUGGACCUAGAUGAGGUCGCCUUUUACAAAAAGCUCAUUAUCCAGCUGUGUCGCCAGCGUGAUCCUUCCUUGCCAAACGACCUCCACAAGUUCGACUGGGGUCCGGCUUAUCCCGAUGUCUACGGACCCGACAAAGCGGAGGAGCGACGCAGGCUGCUCAACAAGAAGAUCAACGGCCGCCUUCGCUCCAUCUAUGACGCCUUGCUUGACUGCUAUCCGCAUCCCGAAUGGGUCUCACGUUUGCAGACAAAGACGCCGAGUCAGUGGAUCGCCCAGAUAGUAGACCUUCUGUCCGAUCCGGUCAGAGAAAUCCUGGCCAGUCCAUACCCGCCCACCGUCGCCAAGCUCAAGGAGCUUCCCUGGCUCAGGGUGGACGAACAGAACGCAGGCGUCGAGCUGGGCGUCUACGGCCUUCUAAGCACUCCGCCCCAAAGCCAAAGCUACGUGAGUGACGACGUCAACCUGUAUGUAGGCUCAGCAGCUUCGCGCAGAGGAGGGCUUGUUUUGCGUCUCGUAACCCAUUAUUUUGCUCUACAUAGCGGGGAUGCUACCAAGAAGGGCGCAGGCUGGGUCCAGGACGCCACCUUGAACCUCACCAGACCCAAGUUCCCCUUUAUUCUCUUGCGGCUUCCCAAUCCCACGGCCUCCAAGACUGCCACCAAGGCUCUGGAGGAUCUGCAGCUUAUCGUUCUGGCCGAGGCGUUGUUCAUGGUGUAUCUCGGAGCCAUGUCGACAGCGGGGCCCAGGAAUCACCAUCCUCUUGCACGGGCGAGUCCGUGGGACAUGGAAGAUAUUUCGUAUCGAGGCAUUUCGGGCGCCAAUCCCCUCUGGGAAGCGUACGGCGCCGCGAAGUGGGAAGAGCAUGGUUACGAGCAUGAGAGACGGCUGUUUGCUCGUCCCCAGGAGUGGCCUGGCUGGCCCACGAGGAACCAGAGGAAUAUCAAGUCGCAGAAGGAAAGCGAUGAUGAAGCUAUCGCGGCCAUCCUUGCGGCGGCCGGUAUCAAGGCCUUUCCUGGAAGACUCGGGUCGCGAUCGUCGUCUCAAAGGGAGGAUCCCGUAUCUGGCAGUGGGGAUUCGUAG